AUGUCUCUAAAUCAGCAAAGACACCUCUACCAGUUUACUCUGAAGCCGUAUCAAGAUGAAGGGGAUUUUUGUUCUGAUCUAGUUCUUUACAGGUGUUUGGUUGGUAAACUGAAUUUCUUGAGACAUAUUAGACUUGAUAUUUCAUUUGUUGUGCAAACCUUGAGUCAAUUUAUGCAGCAACCAAGGUUGCCACACAUGGCUGCUUUGCAACAUGUUUUGAGGUAUGUGGCAGGCACAGUUGGUCAAGAUUGGGCUGCUUGUCCCAAUACUAGAAGAUCUCUCACUGGAUACAUCAUGCUACUAGGAUCCUCUCUUAUAUCUUGGAAGUUAAAGAAGCAGGGCACUACUUCUAAAUCAUCUUCAGAAGCAGAAUACAGAGCCAUGGCAGCUGCAGCUUCUGAGAUUGCUUGUGCUGAUGAACUUGCUGAUUUGUUCACCAAGUCUUUACCUGAUUCUCAACACUUUGAGGUCAGUUCCAAUCUAGGACUGAUUGAUUCUCAAUCACCCUCUAGCUUGAGUGGGGGUAUUGGAGAUAAUACUACUGCUGCCAGCUCAUCUGUCACAUCAGAAUAA